CGCAGCCACGCUAACAAAACGUUUUAAUUCGCGAGCUUUCAUCGCCACAACGCGACCAGCCGUCGCCCCCUCUUGUUUUAUUUUUCAUGUUUUUGCUGCGUCACAUCCCCUCUGAUGGAGGAAUGUAGAGACGGAGGUCUUUAAAAAUAGCAUCCUCUCGUGUGGCAGCGCUGCGGCGGCGGCUCCGCGGCACUGUGGCGCGAGGAGCAGGAAUGCGAAGAUGGCUGCAGACCUCGGAGAGCUGCUGGUCCCCUACAUGCCCACCAUCAGAGUGCCCAGGACGGGGGACAGGGUCUACAAGAGCGAGUGCGCCUUCUCCUUCGACUCCCCGGAGUCGGAGGGAGGGCUUUAUGUGUGCAUGAACACAUUCCUGGGCUUUGGACGAGAACAUGUGGAGAGACAUUAUCGCAAAACAGGACAGAGCGUCUACAUGCACCUCAAACGACACGUCAAAGAGAAAGCCACAGGAGCAGCAGCAGGCGCCAUCCCCAGACGAAGGAACGGAAAAGUGUUUCUAGAUUUAGAGCUAAACCGUGAUUUUAACGGAGAGGACUAUGAAUACGAAGACGAGGCCAAGCUGGUCAUUUUCCCAGACCACUUCGAGAUCCCCUUACCAAAUAUUGAGGAGUUACCCGCCCUGGUGACCAUCGCCUGUGAUGCAGUGCUCAAUGCGCCAUCAGCUUACAAGAAGCAGGAGCUUGAAUCCUGGGAGGAGGAGAUCCAGGUGUCCAAACAUGCCAGAAGUCUCAGACAGCUGGACAAUGGGGUCAGGAUCCCACCCAGUGGCUGGAAGUGUCAGAAGUGCGAGAUGAGGGAAAACCUGUGGCUGAACCUGACAGAUGGAGCAGUGCUCUGUGGGAAGUGGUUCUUCGAUGGCAGCGGAGGCAACGGCCACGCGCUGGACCACUUCAAAGAGACCAAAUACCCCCUGGCUGUCAAAAUGGAAACCAUCACCCCAGACGGAGCAGAUGUCUACUCAUUUGAGGAGGAGGAAGCCGUGUUGGACCCUCACAUAUCGGAACACUUGUCACACUUUGGAAUCGACAUGCUACAGAUGCAGAAAAAGACAGAGAACGGUCACCACACAGACAAUAGCUCCCGGCCGCGGGUCAGUGAAUGGGAGGUGAUCCAAGAGUCGGGCAUGAAGCUCAAAGCGGUGUUCGGUUCUGGUUACACAGGCGUCAAAAACCUGGGAAACAGCUGCUAUCUCGGCACGGUGAUCCAGGUCCUGUUCAGCAUCCCGGACUUCCAGAGGAUGUAUGUGGGUAACCUUCAGAGGAUAUUUGACUAUUCCCCCCUUGAUCCCAGCCAGGACUUUGCCACACAAAUGGCUAAACUGGGACAUGGACUGCUCUCAGGCCAGUACUCCAAGCCACCCAUGAAAUCUGAGCUCAUUGAACAGGUGAUGAAGGAAGAAAACAAGGUAUCACACUGGCACCAGCAGAAAGGCGUCUCUCCUCGUAUGUUGAAGGCAUUGGUCAGCAGGGGACACCCUGAGUUGUCCUCGAACAGACAGCAAGAUGCCCACGAGUUCUUCCAGCACAUCGUUAACCUGGUGGAGAGGAACAGUGCCGGCUCAGAGAACCCAAGCGACGUCUUCCGCUUCCUGGUGGAAGAGCGAGUUCAGUGCUGCCAGACACGUCGGGUUCGUUACACGCAACGAGUGGACUACUGCAUCCAGCUGCCGGCUCCCAUUGAGGCGGCCACCAAUCGAGAGGAGCUGGUGGCAUAUGAGACCAAGCGGAGGGAGGCCGAGGAGAACACGCAGGCUCCUCCCGAGCCGGUUACAGCACGGAUCCCCUUCACCGCCUGCCUGCAGGCCUUCACAGAGCCGGAGAACGUCCCCAACUUCUGGAGCUCAGCCCUGCAGGCCAAAUCAGCUGGGGUGAAAACUUCCCGUUUUUCCUCCUUUCCAGAGUACCUGGUUUUGCAGAUCAAGAAAUUCACAUUUGGGGUUGACUGGGUGCCAAAGAAAAUAGACUUGGCCAUUGAUGUUCCAGACUUCCUGGAUCUGAGCAGGCUUCGGGCUACUGGGCUGCAGACGAGUGAAGAGGAGCUGCCUGACCUCCUGCCUCCCAUUGUGCUUCCAGAAGACACCACAGACAACUCCAUGGGCUCCAUAGACUCUCCGGAAAUAGACGAGGCGGCAGUGAUGCAGCUGGCAGAAAUGGGCUUUCCACUGGAGGCCUGCAGGAAGGCCGUCUAUUACACCGGCAACAUGGGCCCGGAGAUGGCCUUCAACUGGAUCAUAGCCCACAUGGAGGAGCCCGACUUUGCAGAACCUCUCGCUCUGCCCUCCAUGAUGGAUCCUGGUCCUUCCACCAGCGGCAGCCCCACGGGGGCCUCCCCGCUGGCCAACUCGCCCCCCGAGGAGAGCAUCUCCAUCCUCACUUCGAUGGGCUUCCCCCGCACUCACAGCAUCCAGGCACUCAAAGCCACGAACAAUAACCUGGAACGGGCACUCGACUGGAUCUUCAUCCACCCGGAGCAGGAGGAGAGCGACGCUCUCUCCGACACGGCUGACACGCAGACUAAUGACAACGCCUUCUCCAACGGCAACAACACGCACAGCGACGCCACGCUCUCUCCAGACAGAGACGCGUCGGGCCCGCGGGUCAAAGACGGCCCGGGACGUUACGAGCUCUUUGCUUUCAUCAGUCACAUGGGAUCAUCCACAAUGUCUGGACAUUAUGUUUGUCACAUCAAAAAGGAAGGGAGGUGGGUGAUUUACAACGACCACAAAGUGUGUUUGUCAGAAAGGCCUCCAAAAGACUUGGGCUACAUCUACUUUUACCAUCGACUGUCUAGCAGUUAAACUUAAAAAGUUACCGUCCCUCCACCGUGAAACCUUAGAAAGAAACAGCAGUCUUUCACCCCUCGAAGACCGGCAGACGACUUUAAUAACACUGGAAAUGUUUGAGAUAACCUUUCAGACCAGCUACUCGCCUUAACGUGAUGUCAUUGACCAGCAGCCCUGGUCACAAAAGGGGAAGCAAUGAGCUUUUUGUGCAUUUGUGUUAUGUUCAGCUUUAAAUGUAUAGUUCAGAGUUUACGUUUAAAGGAAAAUUGGUUUUUCUUGGCAGUGCAGGUGCGGACGGAUGUGUGCAAUCAGCCACUUCUGUAUUCAAAAUAAUGUCACAUAUCAAAUCUCCUCCUCAAUGCCUUCUGCUACUGUGCCAGUGUUUUCAAAGUGGUACAUUUUAUAAAUGUAUGUUGAAAUCGCUUCACUGCCGGUCCUGGGAUGCUGUGAAAGUGCAACAAAGAAAACAGUAAUCAUGGCAAAUGUUGGCUUUGAAUUCACUUUGAAUCCCAAAAGAACCGGAUUUUAACACGACUGCAGUUAAAAACACAGCAUUACUGGUGGAAACAUCUCUCAGACCUGCUCCAGUUCUACCUUUUUUUUAACCAGACACAUCUGAGGCAAAGUGGCUGAGCUCAACAUAUAGAUUUCAGAACUGCUGAACCUAUAAAUCCUUCAACUGGCCGACGACAGCAUUGCAUAUAAUUGAAGACCAAUAUAAACCAUGCUAUACAUAAUCUUAGAUUGUUAUAAAAUCCUAAGUGCAGUGGACCUCUUUAAUUAAUUAUGUUGGCACAAAUUGCCAGAUAUGUUUUCAUAGCAGGCAAAACCUUAACUCUCAGCUGCAGUGAUCCAGUUUAGUUCCUUUAUCGCUCUCGACAGAUUCAGACUGUGACCCAAAUGUUAAAAAGAAUGAUUUUGCCUUCAGCUUUUCACGUCGAAAGCAAUAUAUACAACUACAACCAAACCUACUUCCGAACCUACUGUAAUAUGACGCUGACCAGUAUCUCUUUUACUAGCAGAUGUGGUGAAGUGCUGAAUGUAUGACUACAGGGUGCUCGCAACCAAAGCCUCCUGCACAGCUCCACUGCUGCUGGAUUAACUCUCAUUGGCUCUGCACUCUUCACAUUAUCAACUCAAUGUGUUCAGGAGGUACGAGACGGAGCCACAUUACGUGGCUUUGGUGUGGCAGGUAUAAGUGCAUUUGUAGACUCUGACUGGAUCUUUAUUGUUUCUGUUGCAGAGCAAUAUUACAAAAUAUUUUUUUCAUUGCCACAAAUACCAGUUUCCACUCACUGAAAAAUGCUUUCCGAACAUUGAAGCAUUCUGCUAAAGCCAACACCUUUUUUAAAGGUACAAUUUGCUCCCUUUCAUCAACGCCGGUGAUCGUUAGAGUCCACUGAUUAGAUGUAUCUUCCAGAAGCUGUGCGGUAUUGAACAACAAAGCUGUCCUGACCAGGUUUCAACUCCAUCUGAUACUACUUGAUCUGCUGCUUGCUUGUUGCCUCCUUGUCUUUGCAGCAGGGAAUUAAAAAAAGCUCUCUAUGCAGGUGAUUUCUCCUUUUUUUUUAACCAGAAACCCUCUCAAAGCCUGGUCUGUAAAAGCGUCUCUCCCCUUCAUCACGUGGGUGAACUCGUCAUCUUGCUCGAUAAUAUUUAGUCAUCAUGUCUUCAGAUUUUAUGUCCAAUUAAUUUGAUUUCCCCCGAGACACACACACACAUCUUCCUGGCAGUGUCAAUGGUUUUGUAUUUGGUCGUUUUGUAUCAGCUUCAGCUUGGUUCAGUUUGCCACAAAGAGGCUUGCUCGCUGUCAGCAUGUGACCUAGACGUUGACAUUUAGUCAUUUGGAUUGUACAAGUGUACUUUUGCGAGUUGUAUUCUCUUUUUUUUGUCAUUUAACUAAAUGUCAAAAAAAUUCUGCCAAUUCUGUAGUUUCCAUUACAUAUGUUAUAAGCAAUUAUUUUAAGAUGACUUUUGUAAUGUAUGUGUUCAUCCAGAUGUGGCUUAGAUGUACGUGAAUAGAGUCAUGACCAUAUACUCACUGUUUACUUACAAUGUUUGGAUAAUUUAAUAAACUACACCUUUGUUGAGA